AUGACGACGACGACGACGAGCUCAAGGAGACACUUGUCUCGCUUUGUCCCUCGAUCACAAACGGCGUUGCUGGCGGCUAUCAUUGCCGUCUCGGUCGUCGACUCUGUACUCUUGGGAUACGAUAGCUCCUUGAUGGGAAGCUUGAAUGUGAUGCCCACGUAUUCCAACUACUUCACACUGACAACCGCCACCAAGUCUCUCAACACCGCCAUCUCAUAUGUUGGUGGCUCAUGCUCUUCGUUAAUUGCCGGUUUUAUUGUCGACUGGGCAGGACGAAAGAAAAGCAUUCUCUUGUCCGCCGUUCUUACUUUGAUCGGUGCAGUCAUUCAAGCAGCUGCGCAGAAUAUUGGCAUGUUCAUAGCAGGCCGUUUCAUCGUUGGUUUCGGAAUGGGUUUCGCACAAACUUCAUGUCCGACAUAUGUGGCCGAGACUGCUCCUUUGAAAUACCGUCCACUGGCUUUGGGAUUGUACUAUGCAUGCUGGGGCGUUGGGACUCUGAUAGCAUCAGGAGUCUGCUAUUCUACCCAACACUAUAGCACCAACUGGGCUUGGAGAACACCUAGUCUCGUACAGAUUGUGCCUAGCAUUCUAUGCUUUUGUGUCCUCACAUUACUACCCGAGUCGCCUCGUUGGUUGAUCGACCAAGAUCGCCACGACGAAGCCUUGGAGGUGCUCGCGGCGGUCAAUGCUCACGGAGACAAGGAGUCACCGAUUGUCCUCUUGCAAUUCCGCGAAAUAAGUGACACCAUUGCCUACGAAAAGAGCAAGGAACUGUCCUUUGUCGAGUCAUUCACGUCAAAGGGGAAUCGUAAACGAUUGAUCAUCACCGCCACCUUUUCAAUCAUCGUCAUGCUUCCCGGUACGAACAUCAUCACCUUUUACUUUGGCACGAUGCUCGAGCAAGCUGGCAUCCAGGAUCCAACGACCCAAUUGGAAAUCAACAUCAUCUUGACAUCCUGGACGCUGGUGAUUUCGCUCUUGGGCGCCUGGUUCGCCGACUCGAUCGGACGAAGGACCCUUUGCGCGAUCAGUCUUGCUGGACAGAUUGUGACCUUUUAUAUUCUGGCAGGUCUCACGGCUGUAUACGGCACAUCUACCGACAAGUCUGGAAUCUAUGGAACGAUCGCCUUGAUCUUCUUGUACAAUGCGGCGUACGCCUACGGUAUCACGCCCUUGACGGUUCUGUACCCGCCAGAAGUACUUUCCUAUGAAGUGAGAGGCACCGGCAUGGGUCUGUACACGCUCACUACGAAACUUUGUGGGCUUCUCGUCACAAUGGCAUUUCCAUUUGCCUUGGACGCCAUCGGUUGGAAAACGUACAUUAUCAAUGCGAGUGCUGAUAUCCUCAUGCUCGCCGGGGUUCUUUGGUACUGGGUCGAGACCAGAGGCCUUACGCUUGAAGAAGUGGACAAGAUCUUUGAUGGAAUCAAGCAUUCUGAUGUACCCGACCUAAAGGCUGUCGCUGAUGGGGAGAUCGAGUUGGGCUCUGAUGUGCUCAAGAAGUAUGUUGUUGAUGGCGUAAAGGUCGAUGACAAAGAAGAAGUCGUGGUUUCUCAGAAAGUCGAUGGUUGA